AUGGGAGAGAGCGACGACGACGAGGAUUUCUUCACAAAGCGAGAUGUUCCCGAGGAAGAGCAAGACAAGUUCGCACAGUACUUGGAAGAAAACGCGGACGAAGAAAUGAAGAAGAACGUGCAGAACUAUCUGCAAGCGACGCCUGAAGACGAGAAGGAGCGAUUCCUUCUGGACUACAUUAAGAACAUGCGAUGGAAAGGAGACGGCGACGAUUUCGAUCUGGACGAUGGACACAUGGAUGUGGAGAGCACGAAGGCGACGAAAGAUGUCGAUCUGGACGAAGAUAUCAAGGACAUUGACCAGCAAGACCGUUACGAAUAUCUGUUCAAUACCCGAUACGAGCAGGAGAAUAUUAUUUCGUAUCCGCGAAACAUCGAAGGAUCGAUGCGACGCUCGAAAGAUAAGCGAAAGCAGGAACGAGAGGCCAAGAAAUUAUAUCCUUUUUUAUGA